AUGGCCCCUUCAGACCCCACCACAGGCGCUGGCGUCCUCCUCGCCUUUCUCAAACCUACCCCAGCCGGAAGUAACGAAGCUCAACCGGACGACAAACUUGCCCUCUUAUCCGCGGCCAUAACAGGCAAUGUUCUCGGUAUCAAAUCAGCAACACACUACAAAGCCGCAAAUACCGAAUACUCCAAACAGCAUCUCUUCGUCUGCGAAACAGAAGACCUGGCACGUGUGAACGUAAAGCAGAUGUUGAAGUUCCUUGAAAGCGAGAACAUGGCUGGAGAGUGGGAUGUCAGGGCGUACUCUGAAGUCCAGAUCUUUGGUCCGGGGGAGAGUGGUGAACCCGCACCAACAAUCAUGAUAGCACUCAUGCAACCCUCGCCCACCGGCGCCUCGGACCUGGAUGCUUGGUACCGCGAAGAGCAUAACCAGCAAACGUCUGAGCAACCAGGUUGGCUGCGCACAUGUCGGUAUUCGCUUGUCAGGCAAGAAUCGGGUUCUGAAGAUGAGGAAGGGAAGGAGCAAGAUUUGUCUUUCUUGGCUGUUCAUGAGUUUGGGGAGGGUGAGCAGUUGGGGGAAAUGGUCAAGGCUUUUGAGCCGGUUAGUGAGUGGACGAUGAGGGUUAUGAAGGAUGCGGUGAGGAUUGAUGCGGCGGUUUAUCGGAGGAGUUGA